UUUCAAAACGGUGAAAUCAUGGCUCAUUCAAAGACGAGAGCCAAUGAUGGAAAAAUCACCUAUCCUCCAGGAGUCAAAGAAAUCUCUGAUAAAAUAUCUAAAGAAGAGAUGGUGAGAAGGCUGAAGAUGGUUGUGAAAACUUUCAUGGAUAUGGACCAGGACUCUGAAGAAGAAAAGGAGCUCUACUUAAAUCUUGCAUUGCAUCUUGCUUCAGAUUUUUUCCUCAAACAUCCUGAUAAGGACGUGCGUUUGUUGGUAGCCUGUUGUCUUGCUGAUAUCUUCAGAAUUUAUGCGCCUGAAGCUCCAUAUACUUCACCAGAUAAAUUAAAGGAUAUAUUUAUGUUCAUAACAAGGCAACUUAAGGGUUUAGAAGAUACAAAAAGCCCCCAGUUUAAUCGAUAUUUUUAUUUGCUUGAGAACAUUGCUUGGGUCAAGUCUUAUAAUAUAUGCUUUGAAUUAGAAGACAGCAAUGAGAUUUUUACACAGUUGUACAGAACACUGUUUUCAGUAAUUAACAACGGUCAUAACCAAAAAGUACACAUGCACAUGGUUGAUCUAAUGAGCUCUAUCAUUUGUGAGGGAGAUACUGUGUCACAGGAACUUUUGGAUACAGUGUUAGUUAAUCUAGUGCCAGCACAUAAG